AUGGCUGAACAAGUGAAAGGAAGCAUUCCAAAAUCUGAGAAUGCAAAACAAUACUAUGAGGCAAUUGUACAGAGGUUUAAGGAAUCCGAGAAAGCUGCUAAGAGCACCCUUCUGCAAUUGAUUGAUAUGAAAUAUGAUGGACAAGAAAGGGGAGCCAAGAUGGUCAACAUGAUUCAGACGAAACAAAAUAAGGAAAAUAAGUAUAAGACUGCAACUGGGAAAGAGAAAGAGAGCAUUGUAGAAAAGGCUUUGAAACCUGCAACUAGAAUGAAUUGUUUCUUUUGCAAGAAAGCAAGGCAUAUGAGGAGAGACUGCAGGAAAUAUAAAAGGUGGUUGGAAAAGAAUAAGGGAGAAGACAAUGGUGCUUCUAUUUAUGUGGCUAAUUCUUUGCAGGAGUUUACAAACAAGAAGCUGGCAAGCAAGGAUGAAGUGAAGGUGUUCAUGGGAAAUGGAGAAGAAGUCCAAGUGGUUAGAUCAAACAGAGGAGGAGAAUACUAUGGAAGGUUUGAUGAGACUGGAAAGGUGGUUAGAUCAAACAGAGGAGGAGAAUACUAUGGAAGGUUUGAUGAGACUGGAAGAAAUCCUGGACCCUUUGCUAAAUUUCGUCAAGAAAAAGGAAUUCAUAGCUUAGUAUACCAACCCAGACAUAACUCAACAAAAUGGCAUUUCAGAAAGGAGAAACAUGACCUUGAAAGACAUGAUAAGAAGUAUGAUGAGCUGUACAAACCUACCAAUUUUUCUUUAGGGAGAAGCUUUUAA